ACGUCACUCGGCUAGGUUGAUUCAGAUGGCCGAGUUUCUAGUGAAGGGGCAAAAUUGGGGCUUUCUCCUUUUUCAGGUCUGAAGUCGGGGGGAGGGGGAUCAUCUGUAUUCUCCAGUCUCCCAGUGUUGAACUUUGGGUCAGUAAUCAGUACGGUGGGAGCUGGAAGCGGGCAGAAGAGCAGGAGAGGCACGGGAUGGGGCUGCUGCCGGCGGCCCCCGGAAGACGGCGGGUCCCCCUGGGACGGGACUCUGGGGUUAUUUAGCUGGCACGGCCCCGCGAGCCUGCGUCCAACGCCACCGCCCCCAGCCCUUCUCCGGCUGAGCAGUUCCUAUCCAGAACUCUCGUUAGCUUGCCCGGCCCCGCCUAUUUUUCUUUUUUCCUCUUCCAAAGGGGGUUAACCUCCCCCCAUCCCAAUUCCCUCUUCCCCCAGGCUCCGGGCUUAAACCAAUUACGCUGCUUUGCAAACAAAGUGAGGGCCGGGUUUGAGGGAGGGGGUUUGGCGGGAGGGGGCGCAGGGGGCGCGCGGCGGCAGCGCGGCUGGGCGGGAGGCGCGGCGGCUGGACUGGCGGGCGGCCGCCUCGCAGGUGCACCUCGGGCUUUGUAGGUGCGAGCGUCUUUGUGCGGCCGACAAAUGGGGAGAGGACGAGGAGGUGGGCACUCGAGCGACGUAAGAUCCACAUCAGCUCAACUGCACUCGUCUCGCAGAGGCCGCCCGCUCACUUCCCGCGGAGGCGCUCCCGGGCGCCGCGCUCCGCGGCCGCCGCCUGCCCCCGCCCGCCGCGCCGCCUCCGCCGCGCACGCCGCGCCCCGCAGCGCCUGGCUUCCUCCUUGCUAGGGUGGCGUUGGGCUGGCGCGGGCGUUCGGGUGACUGCAGCUGCUCGGCUCCCCGCCCCCCAGCCCUGCGCCGCGCGGCCGCCCGUCGCUUAGCACAGGGCUGGAUGGUUGCAUCGGGCAGGGUGGCUCCAGGAUGUUAGGGACUGUGAAGAUGGAAGGGCAUGAGAGCAGCGACUGGAACAGCUACUACGCGGACACACAGGAGGCCUACUCCUCCGUCCCCGUCAGCAACAUGAACUCGGGCCUGGGCUCUAUGAACUCCAUGAACACCUACAUGACCAUGAACACCAUGACCACGAGCGGCAACAUGACCCCAGCUUCGUUCAACAUGUCCUACGCAAACCCAGGCCUGGGCGCCGGCCUGAGUCCGGGCGCCGUGGCUGGCAUGCCGGGAGGCUCCGCGGGCGCCAUGAACAGCAUGACGGCGGCGGGCGUGACGGCCAUGGGAACGACGCUGAGCCCGGGAGGCAUGGGCGCCAUGGGCGCGCAGCCCGCGGCCUCCAUGAACGGCCUGGGCCCCUACGCGGCUGCCAUGAACCCGUGCAUGAGCCCCAUGGCGUACGCGCCGUCCAACCUGGGCCGCAGCCGCGCGGGGGGCGGCGGCGACGCCAAGACUUUCAAGCGCAGCUACCCGCACGCUAAGCCGCCCUAUUCCUACAUCUCGCUCAUCACCAUGGCCAUCCAGCAGGCGCCCAGCAAGAUGCUCACGCUAAGCGAGAUCUACCAGUGGAUCAUGGACCUCUUCCCCUAUUACCGGCAGAAUCAGCAGCGCUGGCAGAACUCCAUCCGGCACUCGCUCUCCUUCAACGACUGCUUCGUCAAAGUGGCGCGCUCCCCAGACAAGCCCGGCAAGGGCUCCUACUGGACGCUGCACCCGGACUCCGGCAACAUGUUUGAGAACGGUUGUUACUUGCGCCGCCAGAAGCGCUUCAAGUGUGAGAAGCAGCCGGGGGCCGGGGGCGGCAGCGGGAGCGGGGGUGGCGGCGGCGGCGCCAAGGGCGGUCCUGAGAGCCGCAAGGACCCCUCGAGCGCCGCCAACCCCAGUGCCAACUCGCCCCUUCAUCGGGGCGUGCACGGGAAGGGAGGCCAGCUAGAGGGCGCGCCGGCCCCCGGGCCGGCUGCCAGCCCCCAGACUCUGGACCACAGCGGGGCGACGGCGACAGGGGGCGCCUCGGAGUUGAAGACGCCAUCCUCCUCGGCUGCGCCCCCGAUCAGCUCCGGGCCCGGAGCGCUGGUAUCUGUGCCCCCCUCCCACCCAGCGCACGGCCUGGCUCCCCACGAGUCCCAGCUGCACCUGAAAGGGGACCCCCAUUACUCUUUCAACCACCCUUUCUCCAUCAACAACCUCAUGUCCUCCUCGGAGCAGCAGCACAAGCUGGACUUCAAGGCAUAUGAGCAAGCACUACAGUACUCGCCCUAUGGUGCUGCGUUGCCCGCCAGCCUGCCCCUCGGCAGCGCCUCGGUGGCCACCAGGAGCCCCAUCGAGCCCUCAGCCCUGGAGCCGGCCUACUACCAAGGUGUGUAUUCCAGACCCGUCCUAAACACUUCCUAGCUCCCUGGGACUGGGGGUUUGUCUGGCAUGGCCAUGCUGGUAGCAAGAGAGAGAGAGAGACAGACAGACAGACAGAGAAGGAGAGAAAAAUCAACAGCAAACAAAACCACACAUACCAAGCCGACAACAGCAUAAUAAAAUCCCAGCUAUCUUUAUUUCAUUUUUUUGUGUGUGUGCACAAUCUUUUCCCCAGUGCAAAGGACUGUUACUUUGUUAUUGUAUUCGAAAUGCCUUGUGUAUAUUAUUACAGAGAAAACCAAUCCCAAACCAACAAAAUUUUUUCCUGCAAAGUUUAACAAUCCGCAAAUGUAUAUAUAAAAUCCUCCUACUUCCUUAUUCCUUUCCCUUUCUUCCCUCUUUCCCCUCCAGACACAUUCUAGUCUGUGCAGGGUUUAUUUAAAGAAAGAA